UGCCGACACAUGCUUCUGCACAACAGUUAAGCCAGAGACAUUCCAAGCAGAGUACAAUCUUGCAUUAGUACCAUCUUGCUCGGUCGGAUCGAACGCCGACGACAUGGCGGUCAUCAAGAUGCUCCUGCUCCCGGCGCUGUGCGCAUUGCUGCUCAGGGCAGCAUCGGCGGCUCAAUGGACGCCCGCUCACGCGACGUUCUACGGCGGCGACGACGCGUCCGGCACCAUGGGCGGCGCCUGCGGGUACGGCAACCUGUACGGCGCGGGGUACGGCACGCAGACGACGGCGCUGAGCACCGCCCUCUUCAACAACGGCGCGUCGUGCGGGGCGUGCUUCACGAUCGCGUGCGACACGCGCAAGUCGCGGAUGUGCAAGCCGGGGGCCUCCAUCACCGUCACGGCCACCAACUUCUGCCCGCCCAACUACGCGCUCGCCGGCGACAACGGCGGCUGGUGCAACCCGCCGCGGCAGCACUUCGACAUGGCCCAGCCGGCAUGGGAGACCAUCGCCGUCUACAAGGCCGGCAUCGUCCCCGUCAACUACAGGAGGGUGCGCUGCCAGCGGAGCGGCGGGAUCAGGUUCACCAUCAACGGCCACAGCUACUUCGAGCUGGUGCUGGUGACCAACGUGGGCGGCAGCGGCGGCGUGGCGCAGAUGUGGAUCAAGGGCUCCCGCACCAACUGGAUGGAGAUGAGCCGGAACUGGGGCGCGAACUGGCAGAGCAACGCCAAGCUCGACGGGCAGAGCCUCUCGUUCCGCCUCAAAUCCGACGACGGCCGCGUCGUCACGGCCAACGACGUCGCGCCGGCCGGGUGGUGGUUCGGCGGCACGUACACGUCCGGGGCUCAGUUCUACUGACCCAUCCGUGUGCAUAUCCAUGCCGCAUGAAACCAAAUUUAAACGGUAUUCGUGUAAUCUCACCUGCUUAUCGGUGGCCAAAUUAACCAGACGAUCGAUCGAGAAGACCACGCCGCUUGCACUGCACGAAUGAUGUUUCUGUACGUACGGAACAGUAUGUUUCUGGGUUGUAUGUUGUUCCAUUGAUCAGUGUAUUUGGCUACCGGCUGGAUAUUCACGCAUGUUCAGCCGCAGGAAUGUGCUUUUUUUUCUCCAAAGUAUAUAUGCUUCCGUCUAUAAGCUUAUUGCAUUGUGAGUAUCAAAAGCGUACUGUUUUCUCUCUCUCUGACUCUCUAGAAUCAUGCAAAAAUUAAAUAAGAAAUGGUUUUGCUGAAUCAAACUUGUCUAGAUAUUUUUCAGUGUGAAAGUUGACAUCCGCCCACGUGUCAGCCCUCUAUUCGAGCUAGGAAGACCACCACACCAAUUGGCCACUUGUGAUUUUCAAUAGCACGAAGUGUACGUGAACUAGUAUGGCCGCGCUGCUUAUUCAUUGUUAAGUUUAUUUAUUUACAUUUAUAAAAUCGUGAAUUUAAAAACGUUCAUCGAUUUUGAGACAAAAGUUCACAAACUUAACAAAAGUUCAUCGAUUUUGAGAAAUAGUUCAUCAUUUUAGAAGAA